UCGGGGAUUGAUCGUCUUUGCAGUUUUGGCGUUUCCAACGGCGAGGGUUACGGAGAAUACAUUCGUCGCUAUAAGGCUCUGGCCAUGACCGUCAUUAUUUCCCACCACGCCUUCAAGCCUUCGGAUGCGCAAGUGCAGAUAGCUGUUCGAGACUCCAUGUUGAAGCAGUUUCCGGUAGUGUCUGGGCAGGCGUACACGGAUGAGCAGCUCUCCAUGGAAGCCCCUUUUGGGCGACAUGCUUCGUGUCUGGAUGAUAUGUGGGACGUGUUGGACAAGCGUGCGUUCGCGCACACGCCGGCGGUGCAUGGAAAUGGUUUCUUUUCGGUAUCUUCCACGAAUGCUAGGAGUUCGUCUGCUGUUUCGCGUGCUGUAGCUUCUUCGGCGUUGCGUUCGACGGUGACCCCUUCUUGGAGCCAAGGUACUUCGGCCGCCGUGAUGAGUGUUGACCCUCUACCUAAUGAUGAUCGGGACCCUUUUCUGUUGCACUACAGCGACUGGCCGUUGCAAGGACACUUCCAAGAGGUGUACAACGUCGCUAGUGAGAUGGCUCUAACCAAGAAUGAUCCGCCAUUGUUCACCCCCUUGGUCUCGGCUGAAGAGCGCCGCAACGCGCUUCGACUGUACAAGGGCAAGACCUUUGUGGUGUGGGCGACAGGGAGCCGAAUGGCCUCUGCGAACAUUCACCCCGCCGGAGCCGCCGCCCUAAGGCCGCCCUCAGGAUCACGGAGCGUUGCGAGUUCGCCCGCUCCUGCCUCGCUUUCUGGGUCCUCCCCGUCGGAGAAGAGGACCCGUCCGCCUGGUCCACCCCCGCCUGUGCCUGGUGCCCGCUCUUUGCCCCUUCGCCCUGCACCGGCUCCGCCGUUUGAUGACAAGUGCGAGUACGCUUCGGAUGACGUCCUUCUUUUCUGGAAACCUCCGUCUGUGUUCUCGCAAUGGACUCCUGCGGCUUUUGACGUACUGGGGGUACGUUAUUCAUGUGGUGAGCAAUUUAUGAUGUCUGAAAAAGCGAAGUUGUUUGGAGAUAUGACGUCGUAUGACAAUAUUAUGGCUGCAACAGAUCCGAAGACACACAAGUUUUUGGGUCGAAAUGUGCGUCCUUUCGACUAUGCUGAAUGGGAGCAUCGUCGUGAAGAGAUCGUGCUUACGGGGUCGUACGCCAAAUUCGCUCAAAACCAUGACAUGAAACAUCAUCUACUGGAGACGGGUACCCGCCUCCUUGCAGAAGCCAGCCCCUUCGAUCGUGUUUGGGGUAUCGGCAUGUCUGCAUCCAAGUGGGCGGCUAGCGGUAAAAACUUGUUGGGAAAAGCUUUGAUGGAAGUUCAUCGCUUCGGAAGGACCCGGGCGAAGACCCGACUUGUCUACGUUUGGACGCUCCGGGGGACCAUGCUCCUGGCGUUCAUCUGGUGGCAUCGUCCUCCGCUUGUGCAGACCAGCCUCCUCUUCUCGAUCAUGGCCCCGAUCUGGUCGGCGGCACGCUCCUGUUGGACUCGGACUCAUACACCACGCGGGGUCCUGCUGCAUGGCGGACCUACAGCCACUUCUCAACUCGCACGAGUGGCGCUUCUGGACUCUGGGUCUCCUGCAUCCUUCGUUUCCGACUCCGUGGUCACCGCCAUGAUAGCUGCCGGAGCCCUGACAGCUGGCAGCGAUGGACAACCUCUCCCUCGAGUGGACGGUAUCUUGGAUUCUCUGUACACCGGGAAAGUGUUCUCCAUCUUCGACCUCAACUCGGCUUUCCACCAGAUCGUUUGUGAUGAAGGCACUGUCCCGCUCACCGCCUUUUGCACUCCCACGCAGUUGUUCGAAUGGCUUCGGAUGCCGCAGGGCGCCAACGCAAGUCCGUCUUGGUUCGUCAAGGUCAUCAACAGAGUGGUGCACGGUCUGGAGCGUGUGCUUGCUUAUCUGGACGAUGUUAUCUGUUUGGAUGAGGAAACUCUGGGACACGUGCUGAACUUGAUCGAGUUCUUCAAACGACUGCGACAGUACAACCUCAAACUGUCCCCAGGGAAGGCUCGCGUCGGCGCCACGCCGCCAACUUUCUCGGUCACACCAUCUCUCCGGCAGCUUCGGAGUCUUCUCGGUGGACUCAUUUCCUACCGGAAAUUCCUCAAGAACCUCGCCACCAAGGUGCGGCCUCUCAACUCUCUUCUCAAACAAGGCGUCCCCUUAAAGUACACCCCGGGCAUGGUCAAGGUUGUCAAAACGUUGUUAAGCGAACUCGCUCGCCCCCCGAUUUUGGUCUUCCCGGACUGGGCAGCAAUCGAGGACAACAGCCGUCCUCUUCGUUUGUGUUCCGACGCGUGUAUCGACGGUUUUGGCGCCUCCUUGGAACAAGAACAGCUCGAUGGCUCGGUGAGACCAAUCGUGUACAUCAGCCGCGCUACUCUUCCUGCGGAGCGUAACUGGACCGUUUUGGAUCUGGAGGCUGGUGGCAUUGUUUGGGCCAUCAAACGCCUUCGCGGUUAUCUGUGGUCGACCAAGUUCAUCAUCUAUUCGGACCACAAAGCCUUGGAGAGCAUUGGCAAGGUUGGGGAACACAACGCUAGGGUGCAACGAUGGCUCGGAUUCCUGUCCAACUUCACCUACACCCUGAAAUAUCGGAAAGUUUCGGCAAACGGCAACGCGGAUUUUCUUUCGCGGUUGCCUUUACCAGCACAAGACACGGACAAAACCGGCCCCGACUGCAUUGAUGGUGUCGAUCAAGCGGGUGUUUUCCUCAUUUGGGCUUGCGGGCGCAACUAUCACUCGUCGUCUACACCGGAGGUCCCGCUCGACAAACAAGACCACCCGGACCGCCGCGCGUCUGCUGCCGCCAUCCGCAACGCCGGCAUCAGCGUUUUCGUCGACUGCUCUUGCGCCACCGGUGUCUUCGCCGUUAGCGGCGCGCCCUGCAUCCCCGACUUCGCCUUCUCUACAGGUUUCGCCCGGGACUUCGCCACUCACGAUGUCCCCUUCGCGGACAUCACCACGGACUGCGGCUGCCCCAGUCGCUGA